GGGAAACUUUUUAUUGGCUUUACCGUGUUGCUCAAGAUAUACAUGUGAGGUUGGUCCUUUUUAACUCAUUAAAUAAAAGCUAAAUUGUUCAUGCUUUUAUCGGCAGGCCAAAAACAAAAGUAGAUAGGGAAACAGAACCCUCGAGACCGUUCUCUUAACACUAUAAAUACGCAUCAUCAUAUCAAGUAACAAACAUAAAAACAUAGAUACGAGUAACUAUUAUACACAACAAAACAGGAUUGAAACCACCAAAAGACCAAUCAUACUCAUGGCCCCCAUUCAACGCACUUUCUCGGAUAUCUCACACCAAAUAUCCACAGACAAUACUCUAACAAAAGAACCAACUCCAACCGCAAGUGCAACCACAACAACUUUGUUGUCCUUAGCAGCGAUAUCCGAAGUGGAAGAUGCAAAGUGCGAGUGUUGUGGCAUGUCUGAAGAGUGCACACCAGAGUAUAUAAGCCGCGUGCGUUCAAAAUUCUCAGGGAAGCUGAUUUGCGGGCUGUGUUCAGAAGCGGUGGAGCAAGAGAUGGAGAAGAUGAACAACAGCGAGUUAGUGGUGGAGAAGCGCCGUGAGGAGGCAGUGAAGGCACACAUGAGCGCAUGUGCGCGGUUCAACAGGCUAGGCCGGAGUUAUCCGGCCUUGUUUCAAGCAGAAGCAGUUAAGGAAAUUCUCAAAAAGAGGUCUAAGACGAUGGUUAGACCCACCAAGCCUGAAAAAGGUGGUCUCGCCAGGAGCUCUAGCUGCAUGCCUGCUUUGGCUAAGGAGCUAAAAGAUCGUGCUUUGGUUAAUUAGUUUACUCAUAUACGCACGUUACGUUUAUGUAUGUUUUUCGAUAAAGCCGUGCGUAUAUGUUACUAUGUUCAUAUAAAGAUACAAAGUUACACGUAGAGAGGGAGAAGGGUGUUAACUUAGUUAUGUGUACGUAGUAAAGAAACUGAUGGAAGUAAACCGUGUAAUGUUUUUUUUCCCCCGUGUGAUGUAUAAUUAAAAGUUUUUUUUUUUUUGAAUAUGUAUAAUUGAAAGUUCGUUUCUCACUCU